AUGUUUGGGCUGGACCAAUUCGAGCCCCAGAUCAACAGCAGGAACGCUGGCCAGGGCGAGAGGAACUUUAACGAGACCGGACUGAGCAUGAAUGCCCACUUUAAAGCUCCUGCUUUUCACACGGGGGGGCCCCCUGGCCCCGUGGACCCUGCCAUGAGCGCGCUGGGCGAGCCCCCGAUCUUGGGCAUGAACAUGGAGCCAUACGGUUUCCACGCGCGGGGCCACUCGGAGUUGCACGCAGGGGGGCUGCAGGCGCAGCCCGUGCACGGCUUCUUCGGCGGUCAGCAGCCUCACCAUGGUCACCCGGGAGGCCACCACCCCCACCAGCAUCACCCCCACUUCGGGGGCAACUUCGGCGGCCCGGACCCGGGGGCCUCGUGCCUGCACGGGGGUCGCCUGCUUGGCUACGGAGGCGCGGCCGGCGGCCUGGGCAGCCAGCCGCCCUUCGCUGAGGGCUAUGAGCACAUGGCGGAGAGCCAGGGGCCGGAGAGCUUCGGCCCGCAGCGACCUGGAAACCUCCCGGACUUCCACAGUUCAGGUGCCUCGGGCCACGCCGUGCCUGCCCCAUGCCUGCCGCUGGACCAGAGCCCUAACCGGGCCGCAUCUUUCCACGGCCUGCCCGCCUCCAGCGGCUCCGAUUCCCACAGUCUGGAGCCCCGGAGGGUGACGAACCAAGGAACCGUCGACUCCCUGGAAUACAAUUACGCGGGCGAGGCGCCCUCGGGACAUUUUGACAUGUUUUCGCCCUCCGACUCCGAGGGGCAGCUGCCUCAUUAUGCAGCGGGUCGUCAGGUUCCCGGGGGCGCUUUCCCGGCUGCCUCAGCGAUGCCCAGAGCCGCGGGCAUGGUGGGCUUGUCCAAAAUGCACGCCCAGCCACCGCAGCCGCCACCGCAGCCGCCACCGCAGCAGCAACAGCAGCAUGGCGUGUUCUUCGAGAGGUUUGGCGGGGCCCGGAAGAUGCCUGUGGGUCUGGAGCCCGGGGUAGGCUCUAGGCACCCGUUAAUGCAGCCUCCCCAGCAGGCCCCGCCACCCCCCCAGCAGCAGCCCCCGCAGCAACCGCAACAGCAGCAGCAGCCUCCGCCACCCGGGCUUCUGGUCCGACAAAAUUCCUGCCCGCCUGCUCUCCCGCGGCCCCAGCAGGGCGAGGCUGGCACGCCCAGCGGAGGCCUGCAGGACGGGGGUCCCAUGCUGCCCAGCCAGCACGCGCAGUUCGAGUAUCCCAUCCACCGGCUGGAGAACCGGAGCAUGCACCCUUAUUCCGAGCCUGUUUUCAACAUGCAGCAUCCCCCUCCGCAGCAGGCGCCCAACCAGCGGCUGCAGCAUUUCGACGCGCCCCACUACAUGAACAUGGCCAAGAGGCCGCGCUUCGACUUCCCAGGCAGCGCAGGAGUGGACCGCUGUGCUUCGUGGAAUGGUAGCAUGCACAACGGCGCUCUGGAAAACCACCUCUCGCCCUCCGCCUACCCGGGCCUCCCCGGCGAGUUCACCCCUCCUGUGCCCGACAGCUUCCCCUCCGGGCCUCCCUUGCAGCACCCAGCCCCCCCGGACCACCAGUCCCUGCAGCAGCAGCAGCAGCAGCAGCAACAGCAACAGCAGCAACAGCAGCAGCAGCAGCAGCAGCAGCAGCAACAGCAACAGCAACAGCAGCAGCAGCAACAGCGCCAAAAUGCGGCCCUCAUGAUUAAACAGAUGGCUUCGCGGAAUCAGCAGCAGCGGCUGCGCCAACCCAGCCUGGCCCAGCUAGGCCACCCAGGGGACGUGGGCCAGGGUGGCCUAGUCCACGGCGGUCCGGUGGGUGGCUUGGCUCAGCCGAACUUUGAGCGCGAAGGCGGCAGCGCGGGUACGGGGCGCCUGGGCACCUUUGAGCAGCAGGCGCCGCACUUGGCACAGGAGAGCGCGUGGUUCCCAGGCCCACACCCGCCGCCAGGAGACCUGCUGCCCCGCAGGAUGGGUGGUUCCGGCCUGCCCACUGACUGUGGUCCGCAUGACCCCAGCCUGGCGCCUCCCCCUCCGCCCGGGGGCUCUGGCGUGUUGUUCCGGGGCCCUCUGCAGGAGCCGCUGAGGAUGCCCGGGGAGGGCCACGUGCCGGCGCUGUCCUCGCCGGGCCUCCAGUUCGGGGGCAGCCUGGCUGGCCUGGGCCAGUUGCAGUCGCCUGGGGCCGGGGUGGGGCUGCCCAGCGCUCCCUCGGAUCGCCGGCCCCCGCCGCCGGACUUCGCUGCGCCAGCCCUUGGGGGCCAGCCGGGCUUUCCGUUUGGCCCAGGGAGCCGGCAGGCCACUCCGCACAGCGGUCCGGGCGUGAACUCACCCCCAAACGCAGGCGGGGGCGGCGGCAGCUCUGGCGGCGGCGGCGGGGGCGCUUACCCGCAGCAGCCGGAUUUCCAGCCCAGCCAGCGCACCUCGGCCAGCAAGCUGGGCGCGCUCUCUUUGGGCUCCUUCAAUAAACCCAGCUCCAAGGACAACCUGUUUGGCCAAAGCUGCCUGGCUGCGCUCUCCACGGCUUGCCAGAACAUGAUCGCCAGCCUCGGGGCCCCCAACCUCAACGUGACCUUCAACAAGAAGAACCCACCCGAGGGCAAGAGGAAACUGAGCCAGAACGAGGCCGACGGCACGGCUGUGGCCGGCAACCCGGGCUCGGAUUACUUCCCGGGGGGGACUGCUCCUGGGGCCCCAGGACCCGGAGGCCCAUCGGGGACCAGUAGCAGCGGCUCCAAAGCCUCGGGGCCGCCAAACCCGCCCAGCCAGGGGGACGGCACCAGCCUCUCUCCCAACUACACCCUAGAAUCAACCUCGGGGAACGACGGCAAGCCGGUCCCCGGGGGAGGUGGCCGGGGACGGGGUCGCAGAAAAAGGGACAGUGGUCACGUGAGUCCUGGGACCUUCUUCGACAAGUACUCAGCGGCUCCGGACAGCGGGGGCGCGCCUGGGGUGAGCCCAGGACAGCAGCAGGCUCCAGGCGCGGCCGUCGGGGGAAGCUCUGUGAGCGACACGCGCGGGGCGCCCACGCCCCACGAGAAGGCACUUACGUCGCCGUCGUGGGGGAAGGGGGCGGAGUUGCUUCUGGGGGACCAGCAGGACCUCAUGGCGUCCCUGGACGGUGGGGCCAAAUCGGACGGUAGUUCACCGCACGUGGGUGAGUUCGCCUCGGACGAGGUGAGCACGAGCUAUGCCAACGAGGACGAAGUGUCGUCCAGUUCCGACAACCCCCCGGCCCUGGCCAAAGCCAGCAGGAGUCCCCUGGUGACCGGCUCGCCCAAACUCCCUCCUCGAGGGGUGGGCGCUGGGGAACACGGACCCAAGGCGCCCCCGCCCCCACUCGGCCUGGGUAUCAUGUCUACCUCUUCCUCGACCCCCGACAGCUACGGCGGGGGCACUGGCCAUCCGGGCACGCCGGGCCUGGAGCAGGUCCGGACCCCCACGAGCAGCAGCGGUGCGCCCCCACCCGACGAGAUCCACCCCCUGGAGAUCCUCCAGGCGCAGAUCCAGCUACAGAGGCAGCAGUUCAGCAUCUCCGAGGACCAGCCCCUGGGGCUUAAGGGUGGCAAGAAGGGCGAGUGUGCCGUCGGGGCCUCAGGUGGGCAGAAUGGAGACAGCGAGCUGGGCAGCUGCUGCUCCGAGGCCGUCAAGAGCGCCAUGAGCACCAUCGACCUGGACUCACUGAUGGCAGAGCACAGCGCCACCUGGUACAUGCCAGCUGAAAAGACCCUGGUGGACGGCGCGGACGAGGAUAAGACGCUGGCGCCCUGGGAGAAGGCCAAACCCCAGAACCCCAACAGCAAAGAAGCCCACGACGCCAUCAGCAAGGCCUCGGCCCAGCCCGGCAGCCACUUGCAGUGCCUGUCCGUCCACUGCACAGACGACGUGGGGGACGCCAAGGCCCGCGCCUCCGUGCCCACCUGGCGGUCCCUGCACUCCGACAUCUCCAACCGAUUCGGGACAUUCGUGGCCGCCCUCACUUGA